AUGCUGGCCAAAUUGAGUGCCGACAACAAUUUCAACAAUUUGUUACCACCUGAAGAGGAUAUGGAGAAACAUAAAAAGUUUUCGAGUGGGUUUUUUUUGACUGCUCAAAUCUCAGGGGACUUUUUUCAGUUUUGAAAAAGUUGCAAAAUAUAGUAUAGUGGAAGGUUUGAUUUACGGCUAUGAGGGGAUUUGGAAAAAAAGUGUGAGACUUUUGAGAUCAGAUAAAUUUUGAGAAGCUCUUUAGAAUAUUGGAAAACCUUGCUGAAAAUAAAUAUGAAUCUGAAACUUUCUGAAAUCUGAAAAAUUAAAGAUGAAACUUUGAAAAGAAUAUAAACCUGCUCUGAAAAGAAGAAAGAAGACAAUGGGACUAUUCAAGUAUUUUCUCAACACGCUGAGAAAACAGGAGAAAUGCGGAGAAAAUGCAUUUUCUUCACUUUUUUCGUAUUUUCUCAGCCUACCUGAAUAGGUUUUCUCCUGUUUUCUCAGCGCUGAGAAAAUAACUUGAAUAGCCCCACAAUACAAAAAACACGUGUGGAGCCUGUCGGGAUUUGAAAAUUUAAAAUUCAAGAUGAGAGUAUUUUUUUUUGGAUGACGUUAUUUGUUGAAAAUCUCAGAAUUCUCAAUUUUAAGAAUAAAAUAUCAUUGGCAGAAAAAAGUUGUUUUCAAGAUUUGAAUCAAAAAUCUGUAACUCCUACGAUCUCGUAUGUUUUUCUCUCUUGUCAAUCUUUCUGACAGAAAAAGUUUCAAAAAUCCCCCAGUUUUCAAAAAUAUCAUGUCUCAUCCCAACGGGCUCAAAUUGUUCUCCUCCUUCUUUUCAAAAAUUCUUCGGCUCAACUCAUUUUUCUCUUGACGAAUUGACUUCUUCAUGUUCCAAUUUUUCACUUGAAAACGAGAAAAAAAGCAGCUGUUCUAAUAUACAUACAUAUCUCUAUUUUUCUAUAUUAUAUUGUUGUUGUGGCUCUCAAACAGACAACAACAAAAAAUAGUAAUAAAGAAAUUCUAUUAUUUUUAUUUUUGUUACCUUUUUUUGAAGCGAAAAAAUAUAGAAAAUCAUGUUUUCUCUUGAUAUUAUCAAUGAUUUUAUUAAAGAUUGUGCAAGUGAGUUUUCGAUUUUUUGUUUUUGGAAAAUUGGAACAUGGAAAAACAAAAAUAAUGAGGUGUUUUCUGACUAAAAAAAUGAUUAGGGGUUUUUUUUGAAAAUCUUAUGUUUGUUUUAGCUACCAAACAUCUGAUUUUUCAAAUUUGAAAUCUUGAAAAUAUAAACAUGUUUUCUGACGAGAAAAAAUAAUCAGGGGAUUCUAAAAAAAAUAAUUACAGUAAAUAUAUGGAAAGAUUUUCUGUGAUAAAAUUUGAUUUUUCAUAAAGUUUUCUUUUUUCUAAAAAAAAACAAUGUUUGAAACACCUGAAAUUCUAGGAAAUCAACACUAUUCAUAUUAAAAUUAAGAAGUUCCAAAAAAAAACCCGAAUUUUUCAGCUGCCACUUCAAAUAAACACUACUUCGAUGACAUAAUUCCAUUCGGAGAAUUUGAAGUUCGAGAAGCACUAGAACGUGAAGUUCGAAAACAUAGAUAUUGGAAAAAUAAAUCGAUCAAAAAAAUGGACUUUGAUCAACUCGAAAUGAUGUCUUGUAUACAGUACUCUCUUGAAUCGUAUACAGAAGCUCGAAGUACUUCGGAAGCCACUGAAGCUGCAAAUCUGGCAAGUUUUGGUGAAGCUGGAAGUUCUUUUAGUGGAAUUGGUGGAGGUGGUUUGAGUCCGUGGGAUUUUGAAGUGAUGCCUGCUCAAUUGUUUGUGGAUCAGGUUGGUUUUUAAUUGAAAUUUUUAAUUAGUUUUUUUGGCUGAUCGGGUUGGUUUUUGACACGAGUUUUUUUUUCCAAACUUGAUUGAUGAGGUUGAAAAACGAGAGAGAAUUGGUCAUGAGAGAAAAAAUGUGAUCACUGAAAAAUUGUAAUUUUUCAUUCAAAAAAAACUUGGUGUGCUAAAUUUUCCAAAAAAGUUCAUAUUUCAAUAAAAACAUCGCAAAGAUCCGAUUCCAAUACUCGUAAAAAAAUAUCUAGGAAACCAAUCAAAAAUCAGAUCAUUUAAAAAUGUCUCAAAAUCCCUCUCUUCACCUUCCAGGUCCGAGUAUUUGAAAUGCCUGGCUCAAGUCACAUCAACGUCUGUUCUGGCUGUAAUUCUGAAGGCACAGUUCACUGUUUUCAUUGUCGUGGAAGUGGAACAGACAAAUGUUCAUUUUGUCGAGGAACUGGUAUGAAAUCAGGUGUAGCUCAUCCAGCUGUUUAUACUCAUCCGAUGAUUGCAACUUUUCCACAUGUAAGUUAGACUAACUAAAAAAUCACAAGAAAUCUGAAAUAAUAUUGGAUACUGCUUUUUGAGAAUAAAAUCUUGAAAAAUAUGUUUCUUCCUUUCCUUCCCAAAUCCAAAACUAAAAAUUCAACAAAUUUGAUCAAAAUUGAAUUGCAGGCCGAUCUCUCCCGAGGCUAUGCUUCUUCUUCAACCGCAAUGGUCCGAAACGGUUCAAAUUCUUAUGGCAUCGGAACUCCAAUGCACUUUAUGUCAAAAACCGGAGUUCCCCCACCGGGAAUCGGAACUCAUGAUUUAUGUUACUUGUGUCACGGACGUGGUGUCAAAGAAUGUCAUCAUUGUAAAGGCGGUGGCAAGAAACCGUGUACUUCUUGCGGAGGAACUGGAUCUGUUCGAACUUAUACUCGAAUCAAGGUGUACUUCAAAAGUGAGAGAUCUGAGCAUUUCACGGAGUCUGAGAUUCCUGAAAAGUUGUUGAUGGCGGCAGAAGGAAAACAGAUUUUUGAAGAAGAACAGGAUUAUGUGAGUUGUGAGAAAAGUGUUUCGCAAAAAAAGUUUUAAAAAAUUCAGAUCCUUCCAAUCUCAAAAUAUCCCAUGCAGGAGAUAAACAAUAUUUCCAAACAAUUUUGCGCGCAACAUUUACAAAAAUGUAUGGGAGUUUGUCGAGUGAUCAGGGUGAGUUUUUGAAUUUUUAAAAUCUAAAAUUUGCCACGUGGUUUUCGAUUUUAAUAUUGAAAUUUUGGAGCUGACCCAAUUCAAAACCCUAAAGCAACCUAAAAAUCCCAAAUGUUUCCAGCAACGACAUCAACUGAUCGCCAUACCGAUUUGCAAAGUGCACUUCACUUUAGGCAACGAAAAAGGCCAUUUUUUUGUUUACGGCACCCAACGUCUUUGCUUCUUUCCCAAUUUCCCAGCAAAAUGUACAAUUUUAUGA